CAGGAGUGGCCACAGCGUGUUUGGAAACAACCCUCCUCCUCACAAAAGUCCCGUAUGACAGCCAGCAGAAAAACAUCAGUCUAGAUUCAGCCAAGUCCCACAAGUUUCUUCUUCGACAAGACAGUUUGCGUCGUUUUCUUUUAUCUGCUGAUAAAUUGUAUCAGGAGCACUCUUAUUUUGACGACUAGCUAGCUAGUUGUAGUGAGUAGCCCAACAAUAUCAUCCUAAUAACGAAACUACAACUAGGGAAACAGCAAAAAUGGAUGUGGGAGAUUCUCAACAAAAGACGAUUACUAUUUUUAUAAAAACGCCUAACCAAGCUCAGGAGGACCAAACCGUCAAAAACGUCUAUCUGAACUGGACUGUAAAGGACCUUAAAACGCAUUUGUCGACUGUUUUCACAACUAAACCGACUGUGAGUGACCAGAGACUCAUCUAUGCUGGUAAACUGCUGCCCGAUCAUCUGCACAUCAAAGAGCUCUUCAGACAAACUGACUCCAUUCCCACACUGCACCUGGUGUGUGCUUUUAGGAUUCCAUCCCAAGAACCCCUUGGAGCUAGACCUAAGACAAAAGAGACCGAACAGCCACGGCCCUCAAGUCCGAGGACCAUGGCAUCCUCUGCUUCACCCAGUCCCGGCAGCCCCUCCUCCACAGUCCAGAGUUCCAGCACACCGAAGCUGAGACAGAGGAGACAGCCCUCUUCAGCUGCUGCUCCAGCUCACACGCAUACCCCAUCCUCUCCACCAGGAACUCCUUCAUGGUCUGCUGCUGGAAUGCCUGGAGCACCACAGAUGACCCAACCAGCCUUUUUUCCACAUAUUCUCUCUGUACGGCCCUCAGAAGCAUUACUGUGGCUCCAACAUGUUCCGGCUAGACAGUGA